AUGGGUUACUUGCUCAUCGAUGCGCUGGACGAGUGCACUACCGACCGGUCGAAGCUGCUUCGCUUCAUUGCUAUGCAGUCGUCUUCGUCUCCUCGUCUCAAAUGGAUUGCUUCCAGCCGCAAUUGGCCAGAGAUAGAGAGAUGUCUGAAACCAGCGGCUGACAAAGUGCUUCUCAGCCUCGAGCUUAACGCGCGGUCCAUCUCGGUAGCUGUCAAGACGUUCAUCGACAUGGAGGUGUCCCAACUGGCAGAAGAGGAAACAUAUGAUGAGCAAACCCGGAUCGUUAUGUCAGAGUUUCUGAGCGUGAAUGCGAACGACACAAUCUUGUGGGUAGCAUUAGUAUGUCAACAUCUCAAGGGUACAGCAAAGCGGCAUGUGAUGAAGAAGCUCAAGUCUAUCCCACCUGGACUAGAACCCUUUUACAAGCGGAUGUUGAAUGGUAUAGGCGAGUCAGACGACGCUGAAACCUGUCUUUGUGUGCUGGCCACUACCGCCAUUCUGUUUUGA